UUGGCAACCUUCGACUAUAUAUGCCAACAACUUGCAACUUCUGAACAUUCAUACAUCUUUUUGUUUAUUGACGAAGAUGGCCGAAAAGAUUACCAACUCGAAAAACAAAGGCGUUGCUUAUGAUUAUAGUGAAGAUGAAAACGUCGACGCAGGAGAAGACUUCGGCCUCUCACUGGAGAAGUUGAACCUUGGUCCAAGAAAGAAAGUCAUUGUUCUGGGCCUAGGAGGGUUGUUAUGCCAUAGAGUCUGCCGUCGUCAGAAGUCCAACAUUCCAACAUUCCGCAUUCCUGAUGCAUCCUAUGGAAGCUUUCUGGUUUACAGGAGGCCUUAUUGUGAAGAAUUCAUGAGAUUCUGUCUUGAAAGAUUUGAAGUUGGGAUAUGGUCUUCUGCACGGGAAUGGUAUCUGAACAGCGCUUUGGAUUGUAUAAUGAAAGGGUUGAAAAGCAAGCUUUUAUUUGCUUGGGACCAAGAAAGAUGCACUGAUUCUGGGUUCAAGACCUUGGAGAAUAGGAACAAGCCCAUCUUUCUAAAAGAUUUCAAGAAACUCGGGAGUUUUGGAGUUAAAUACUCUGCAUCGAACAUAUUGCUGAUAGAUGAUAAGCCGUACAAGGCUCUGCUAAACCCUCCUCAUACAGCAAUAUUUCCUGAUGAUGAAUACAAGGCCGAUCAAAUUAAUGAUGUCGCUUUAGGACCAAAAGGUUAGCUGCGUGCGUACUUGGAUGGCCUGGCGGAUGCGGUGGAGGUUCCUACUUAUGUGAAAGGACAUCCAUUUGGGCAGCCGGCAAUAACCAAAUCACAUCCUGACUGGGAAUACUAUUCCAAAAUCACUGGCCUUUCAGACUAAGUUUGGGAAUUAGUUUCAGAACACCUUUGCUUCUGAUGCUGUUUAGAUUUGAGAAUAAUUUUGUUUUUCUGGUGAGAGUGAACACAAUUACUUUUAGUCUUAUUAAUUACAUUCUGGUUUGGUUU